AGGGCUUUUUUUUUGGAGUGCAAAUACUUACACCCUCUUAAAAAGUUAUGAUUCCGGCGGUCGGCAAGUGACAGGAGCGAAUGCGCAAUUAUAAAAGGCGGUCGCCUGGAGCCAUGAUUCCGGCGGUAAUAGAGUAGCGUGGAGUUUAGACAGACGACAGUCUCUCCAUCCAUAGAUCCCUCUCAAACGCAAUGUUUUGAUGUGAAUCGGGCCCCCCCCCCUCUCUCUCCCUCCUCAGUAUCCAUUCCCUGCGAAUGCCAUCGUCGUUAUCGAAGACACUUUGAAACAGAGACCUACUUUGUCAAUUUCCAGACACUUGUUCAGCUUCAGUUCGACUUCUGUAGAAUUGAAAAAGUUGGGUUCAAAGGAAAACAUUUAAAUUGCAAGGAAAGAGAUGGUGCUGGUAUUGGCGAUUGGGGAUCUCCACGUCCCGUAUAGAGCUCCUGAUCUUCCAGCAAAAUUCAAGUCCAUGCUUGUUCCUGGCAAGAUUCAACACAUCAUUUGCACUGGCAAUCUCUGUAUCAAAGAAGUUCAUGAUUACCUGAAGAACCUUUGCCCAAGCUUACACAUUACUCGAGGUGAAUAUGAUGAAGAUGCUCGAUAUCCAGAGACAAAAACACUUACAAUUGGACAAUUUAAGCUUGGGCUAUGCCAUGGUCACCAGGUUGUGCCUUGGGGAGACCUUGAUUCACUUGCCAUGCUUCAGAGACAGCUAGAUGUGGACAUUCUGGUUACUGGCCAUACCCACCAGUUCAAGGCCUACAAGCACGAGGCUGGAGUCGUAAUAAAUCCCGGAUCAGCCACUGGUGCCUAUAGCAGCAUCACUUAUGAUGUGAAUCCAAGUUUUGUUCUCAUGGAUAUUGAUGGCCUUCGCGUGGUGGUUUAUGUCUACGAACUCAUUGAUGGAGAAGUGAAGGUUGACAAGAUAGACUUCAAGAAGACAGGCACAGCCACAUCCCAUUCUGCCCAUUGAUAUGUGCUCUUCUUAUGCUAACUAAUUCUGACACUUGUGUAAAAAGCUUUCACUUCUUUUUUUUUCUAGUUUUUCUCCCCCUGACACUCGCAUUCCUCUUUUUGGUGUUCCUUUCACAGUUGUUUAGCUCAUUUGAAAUAAUUCGGGAAAGGUAACCCUGAGACAUGCAGCAUGGCCAAACUUGUAGCUACAUGCACUCUUUCCUACCGUUCAAAAAUAUCUGAAGAAAGACUGUCGUCUUAUGUGCUUA